CCAAGCACGACGAGACGAGGUUCUUCAAGAAUCUGGAUGAGAAAAAUUUUUCAUUGCAUCCAGCAUCGGCAACAGCAACCUUUUGUUGACUGCUGCUGGGGGUGUUGGAAAACUUCGAUUCACUAUUACUCCAACUCAUCCGCGACUUUCAGGACCGCUCAUCGCCGGGCAACAGAGUCGCGCUUCCAUUCACAGCACCACAACCACAACCACAACCAUCGCCAAAACCACACCCCAUCACCGCCAUAACCAUCAUCACAAAAUGGCUUCCCCCGCCGAAGACCAAGCAACUCACCACCAAGACCGCGCCGACCGCGCCUCCCACUCCAACCGUGGCGGCGGCGGCGGCGGUCGCGGUCCCAAAUUUGGUGGUCAUGGCGGUCAUCGCAAGGGUGGUCGCGACGUCGACCUCUCGCGCGCCUUAUCCCGCCUGCUCCGUCACCAAGCCGCCUCCGCAGGCAUCACCCUCGACGCCGAAGGGUACGCGCCUCUGGACAAGGUUCUCGCAUGGGGCCCGAUUCGCUCGCUGAAGCCGACGUUUCCAGAGAUCUUGAAGGCGGUUAAGGAGAGCGAUAAGCAGCGGUUUGCUAUCAAGCUGGCGCCGGGAAAAGAAGAAGAAGAAGAAGACAAACAAAGAAGUGAGGAGGCGGGGGAUUGGUUGAUCAGGGCAAAUCAGGGACAUUCGAUCAAGUUGGAGAGUGAAGGGUUGUUGAGGCGGUUGGUUUUGGGGGGUGGUGGGCAGCAGCAGCAGCAGCAGCAGCAAGGCCAAGAGACGACGGAGGGCUCGGAGGGCCAAGAGAGAGAAAGGGAAGAUGGAGGAACCAUACCGAUCCCCGAAACGGUCGUCCACGGUACGUACUUUGCUUUUUGGGACAAGAUCAUCCAGAGCGGCGGACUCAAACCUAUGGGUCGGAACCACGUGCAUUUCUCCACGGGUUUACCGGAGGAUACGGAGAGGGGGGUCAUCAGCGGGAUGAGGAGCGAUGCGGAGGUGUUGAUUUUUGUGGAUGUCGAGAGGAGUAUCAGGGACGCGGAAGCGGAGGGGGAUAAAGAAGGAAAAGGGAUCAAGUGGUGGAUGAGCGACAAUGGGGUGGUGUUGACGGAGGGCGAUAAGGACGACUUGGUCCCGCUUAAGUAUUUCAAAGAGGUUAGGGGGAGAAGGCAGGGCGUGGGACUGUUGUGGAAGGAUGGACAGAAGGUGGCGGAUUUGCCGGAAGGGUUGGAAAUUAGAAUGCCGAUGGGUAAGGGGAGGGCUGCUGGUGGUGGUGGUGGUGGUGGUAAGAGAGGGGGACGUGGUGGUGGAAGGGGAGGUGCCGGGAAAGGAGGAAGGGGGAGAGAGGAAAAGGGAAAUGGUGAGGAGGCCAAGCCUCUGGAGACCGAUUCGCAAUAGGUGGAUGGGCCGAUA